UCCUGCCUUGAGUUCUCGGCUUCCCUUGAUAACGGACUGCGAAGUGUAGGCCAGAGAAACCCUCUCCCCAGUCACCCAGAGUUGGUUUUGGUCGGUGUUUUCUCACAGAAAGUAACUAAGAUAGCUUCCAUGUGAUGAUUCUUUAUGCCAAGAACUCUACCAAACGCCUGCCCUUUUUCGUUGUGUUAUUACGCCACCUGUACCCGGAAAUGGCUGUCGGAUUCAGCCUUGCGAAAACCCGGGUAGGGGCCAGAACAUCCCAGGAGGCUCACCGCCAGCCUCGGUGUAGACGCAGUCAGCCUCCUGGGAAGCCGCCGGGCCCGCCCGGUCCUGCCGCCACUUCCGCUCCUGCGCCUCCGCCGGCUGACCGCAUUGGGCCAACAUGGCGGCUUCGCGUCUACCUCCAGCCGCGCUAACGCUGAAGCAGUUCAUGAGAAGGCAACAAGUUCUCCUUCUCUACAGAAAGAUUUUGCGAGCAGUUAGGCAAGUUCCAAAUGAUUCUGACCGCAAAUACCUGCAGGACUGGGCCAGGGAAGAAUUCAAAAGAAACAAGAGUGCCACGGAAGAGGAUGCAAUCCGCAUGAUGAUUACUCAAGGCAGUAUGCAGCUGAAGGAGUUAGAAAAGACACUUGCUUUAGCAAAAUCUUAACAAUUGCAUUGUUCUGGAAGAUUCUCAGAUCUUCAUGCCUUUUGCUUAGACUUACAACGGACAGCUCAAAGCCACUCUCAAACCACCAGUUAGUACAUGAAAAUAUGAUCAUUCUCAUCAAGAAAAUGCAAAUCAAAACCUUAAGCUAGCUCUUCCCCUACAAUGACUGAUUAAAAAGCAAAAUAAUAUUGUGAAGAUAA